AGAUUUUCUGCCUUCCCCCUUCCUCCCAGCUCAGCAAGGAAACUGUUGGGCACACUGGGGUCUAAAAAAGACUAGAUAUAUGGAGGGGUUGCUGCAGACUCAUUCUCGCCUGGUUUAAAAAGAGAGAGAGGAAAAAAAAAAAAAAAGGAGAAAUGCUUUGUGGCUCUUCUCUCUACCUCGGUCUUGGCAGCAGCCGCUGCAGCAGCAACAGCAGCAGCGGCAGGCAGGGGAGCACCGGGGAGAGAGGCGCACGGGGAGGUGCGGGGCAGAGGGGCAGCUCGAGUGGGACGGGCCCCCAGCCCCGCACAGAUGCAGUGCCCAACUUGAUGCCACCCUCCAGCUUCUCUGGUAAGUGCACCCACCUCCUGUCCCAGAGCUGCAGCUGCCCUUCUCCAUAAUGUUCUCAGAGACAAGGCCAGACCCGUCAAGGCUAGACGGUCUGUGCCCACCCCAGGCCCAGCCAACCAUCGAUCCUGGCCCCAUAGGACUUUGAUGGGAAAACUAAGAUGGCCCAGGUUCUCCGGAGGGAAGGACUCCAAGGAGACCUCCCUCCAUUUCCCGGGUGCUAUCUCUACCUCUGGGAAGGGUUUUUCUGCAAUCCGUGUGGAUAUUCCAGAAAUCUUACCUCCAAGAGCCCCUCCCCGUGUAGGUCCCUGUGCCUCACUCAAGUCUGCUUUAAAGAGGAUAUCCAGGAUCAGCUGUGUCUCUGGACUGCCACAUAGAGACAAGAAGAAGAAAGCUCCCUGUUCCUUGAGGGUGAUGCCCCAGACCCCAGCCCAUACAAGGAGAGAAAGUAGUGGUCCUGACACCUAUCUCUUCCUGCAAGUGGCCGGAAGCCAGUCCUGUAGCCGUGGAGACUGGCAAGGGAAGUUUAUGAUUACAAUAGCGACCUUUAAAGAGAAGGGACCAGAUCCCCAGGCCCUGGCCCAGCGGGCUUCGGAGACUAAGAGGACAUUCACAGGAGUGGCAAGGAGGGAAGCUAGGUUACACGCUUCACUGCACUUUUGCUGAAUGCAGGAAAGAAGGAUGAGCAGGAACUGCAGCAGUAGUGAUAAAGAGCUAGCUGUCAGGUGGACUUACCAGGGGAAUGAGGGUGCCUGGGACAUUUCUCUGCCUGGAGAACUCUUAGCAUGCCAUCCACACCUGUUAGGUUGGGAUAGGGAACAGAGGAGUCUGCUCAUCAGCCUCUGCCGUGCCAUUCUUUCUCAUGGCCAAGCCUCAGAAUGGUGUCCUACAACGCUCUGCUCUUUGGGCCUCUUUCUUCAGUUUCUGAACUACUACAGCCCUCUGAAGUAGCUAUAGGGUAGCCACCAGAAUGAUCCUUCUAGGAGAGGGUAUAGAGUGGGAAAUAAAGGGGAAGAAAUCACACCAUCUCUUAAACUGCCUCUCCUAAGUUCCACCUGGGAGAAAAUGGGCCAUGGGGUAGAAAGUUGACCCUGUAGGGCCCAGAAAGCCUGAGGCCUGAAAGGUCAAAGGUGAGUGGGAUCUGCGGCUAGAAAGAAACCCAGGCCUCCUGCCUCAUUUGGCUCCUUUCCUAUCUCUGUAGCAUCCCUUGCCAAUUCCAAUACCUCCCCUCCCUUGGGGUCCCGGCUGUCACUAAACAGGGUGAGUCUAUGGGACCUCUUCUCCUCCAUCACCUCAGUCAGGCUCCAGUGGUCAUCCGCCUGAUUUUGCCCAGGCCCCUGGCACCCAGAAACCACUUUGACAGGCUGUGCCCAGAGAUCUGCUGUGCCAGCCAAGGGCUCCCUUGGUCCCCACCAUAGCGUCUGGCCAGGCGCUGUCUCUCCUCACUUGUCUAUGCCUACCUGGCUCUCAGUCUGUCUCUUGUGUUUUUCUCAGGCAGCAGAGGCCAAAGGGGACAAGAGAUCUCCCUCAGACUCACACACUGGGCUUGAAUCAAAACACCACGAAGGAGGGGUAUGAGAGAAGCCUAAGUCUGAGGACCAAGCAACAAAACUGGGCCACCUCUUGGGUUCCUCACACCCGAAUGUCAUCUAUAGGGGAGGCGGGGUUGCCCUUGGGGUUCUUGUGAGGGAUUCAUGUAGCCCCUGCAUCCUGUGCUACAUCUAAUGUGCAGCUUGGCUGUCGUCCACAAGGUGUUCUGGGGAGAUUGGAUCUCGUUAGUCUGGGGCCUCAGGCCCUGGGCCAGGCUGGAGGAGGGCAGAGAGGCAGUAAGUGGAGCCUGGGGGGCAGAGCUGAGGCCCACAUGCUUCCCAGCCUUGGAUGACUUAGUCAAGGUGAUGCCUGCCUCCAAUCAAGAUCCAGGGAUAUGAUCCCCCUUAAGCCGUAGACAAAGCUGUGGGUAGAUAACCUGGGAGAAGGGUGGGCAGAGAGGGACAGAGCAGAGAUUGGGAGAGCAGCUAUCAGGGAGAAGGGACCUGAGGUAUUUCUGGAUCUCACAGAUGUAGGGAAACUCAAAAGUUACUUCCCUGCUGCUUCCUGUCUCCCUCCCCUAAAACCUUCCCCACUUGACUAGGGUUCCAUGAGCUAGUAAGCACUUGGCCUGUUACCCAGGUUGGGAGGGGGAGGAAAGUACAGAGUCCCCGAAGAGGAGCUCCAGAAGGCUCCGGGAAGGUGUGCACCAGAAUUCCUCCCAGAUCUGCACCCUAGUUGCUGGCCAUGCUGAGAUGGGUAGCUCAAUAUCUCUCUCCUCUAAGGAGGCCCAGGAAAGUCCAGGGUCCCCAUCAUCUGAAGCCACUUUCCAAAAAGGGCCAUGUCAUCGUCUAUUCCAGGAUUGAAGAGGGGAUGGCUGCGGCCACUACUCCAAAGCAAGCCUGGCCCCCGUGGCCCCUCAUCUUUUUCCUGCUCCUCCUGUCUGGGGGGAGCAGAGGCGGCUGCCCUGCUGUGUGUGACUGCACCUCCCAACCCCGGGCAGUGCUCUGUGCCCACCGGCGACUGGAGGCUGUACCAGGGGGACUCCCACUGGACACCGAGCUCCUGGACCUGAGUGGGAACCGCCUAUGGGGGCUUCAGCAGGGAAUGCUCUCCUGCCUGGGCCUGCUCCGGGAACUGGACCUCAGCUACAACCAGCUGUCCACCCUCGAGCCAGGGGCCUUCCAUGGUCUGCAGAGCCUGCUCACCCUGAGGCUGCAGGGCAACCGUCUGCGAAUCAUGGGCCCCAGGGUCUUCUCAGGCCUGUCUGCCCUCACGCUGCUGGACAUUCGCCUCAACCAGAUUGUCCUCUUCCUCGAUGGAGCUUUCGGGGAGCUAGGCAGCCUCCAGCAGCUGGAGGUUGGGGACAACCACCUGGUGUUUGUGGCUCCGGGAGCCUUUGCUGGACUGGCCAAGCUGAGCACCCUCACCCUGGAGCGCUGCAACCUCAGCACCGUGCCUGGCCCGGCCCUGGCCCGCCUCCCAGCGCUAGGGGUCUUAAGGCUCCGAGAAUUAGAUAUUGGGAGGCUGCCAGCGGGGGCACUGCAAGGGCUGGGGCAGCUAAAGGAGCUGGAGAUCCAUCACUGGCCAUCUCUGGAGGCUCUGGAGCCUGGGAGCCUGACUGGCCUCAACCUCAGCAGCUUGGCCAUCACCCGCUGUAAUCUGAGCUCGGUGCCCUUCCAAGCGCUGUACCACCUGAGCUUCCUCAGGGUCCUGGAUCUGUCUCAGAACCCCAUCUCUGCCAUCCCGGCCCGGAGGCUCAGCCCCCUGGUGCGGCUCCAGGAGCUCCGACUGUCAGGGGCAUGCCUCACCUCCAUCGCUGCCCACGCCUUCCAUGGUUUGACUGCCUUCCACCUCCUAGACGUGGCGGAUAACGCCCUUCAGACACUGGAGGAAACAGCCUUCCCUUCUCCAGACAAACUGGUCACCCUGAGGCUGUCUGGUAACCCCCUGACCUGUGACUGCCGCCUCGUCUGGCUGCUCCGGCUCCGCCGCCGCCUGGACUUUGGCACGUCCCCCCCUGCCUGUGCCGGCCCCCAGCACGUCCAGGGGAAGAGCCUGAGGGAGUUUUCAGACAUCCUACCUCCAGGGCACUUCACUUGCCAACCAGCCUUGAUCCGAAAGUCCGGGCCACGAUGGGUCAUUGCAGAGGAGGGGGGGCAUGCCGUCUUCUCCUGCUCUGGAGAUGGAGAUCCAGCCCCCAUCGUCUCCUGGAUGAGGCCUCAGGGGGCUUGGCUGGGAAGGGCCGGGAGAGUAAGGGUCCUGGAGGAUGGGACGCUGGAGAUCCGCUCCGUGCAGCUACGGGAUAGAGGGGCCUAUGUCUGUGUGGUCAGCAAUGUAGCUGGGAAUGACUCCCUGAGGACCUGGCUGGAAGUAAUACAAGUUGAACCACCAAAUAGCACUCUCUCUGACCCCAACAUCACCAUGCCAGGGAUCCCAGGGCCUUUCUUCCUGGAUAGCAGAGGCAUAGCUAUGGUGCUGGCAGUCGGCUUCCUCCCCUUCCUCACCUCAGUAACCCUGUGCUUUGGCCUCAUUGCCCUCUGGAGCAAAGGCAAAGGCCGGGUCAAACAUCACAUGACCUUUGACUUUGUGGCACCCCGAACCUCUGGGGAUAAGAACUCUGGUGGUAACCGGGUCACUGCCAAGCUCUUCUGACCUUUCCUUCCACACUGGGGACCCAUCCAAGCCAGCUUCAGAUACCAAAGCGGAAGAGAACCAAGGCUGCUUGCACCAGAAGCUAGUCCCAAAUAUCAUAGAUCUCCCACACCUCCUGCCUGCACCAUGCCAGCAGCUAAUGCUGCCUCCUGAUAGCCUGCCUCCUUGUGCUUUUGAAGUUUGAGGAUAGCACUGUCAUCUCUUCCCUGAGGGUCCCAGGAAGCUGAAGAUGUAGACCCUGUAGUCAGCCCAGUCCUCCCCACACCACAUACAAAGCAGGAAAUAUAACCCUCCAGUCUGCUAGUCUAAGCUCCAGGCUUCCUUCACACCCACCUACACAUACCUUAAUAACCAAUACCAAUCGCCAACCACAGCCAUAGAUUACUUCAGAGAUGGGGCUGGGAAGUGCCACUUGCUUCUUGGAGUCUCUGCUCCUCAACCAGGUGGUCUCUCUUUUCUGCUCUGUCCCCUCUCUAGGUGCAAAGAACUAGGGCCAAUGACCUCAAGCUAAGGAGAAGAGGAUGUGACAGGGGAGCGUGGGACGGGGAGGAGGACAGACUACACACUGGCACUGAGUGUGCAUGAGCCCCACCACCUGCCUCUGUCUGUCACAUCAUUAAACCUGUUGCCAAAAGGCCGUGACAGUAGCAGCCACAACUAAAUGUGAUCUCUGGAGUUUUCUUUAGUCUUUUCCACCCCUUAUUUCUUUCAGAUCUCCCCCUUCCUACCCUUUCUGCCUGCCCAGUGAGCCUGUAUCCUAAUGGCCUUGCCUGAAUCGAACGAGCCUGAGAACCAGGGGUUUACGCAAAAGGUUGCCCGCCAUGCCUGGGGAGAUCAGCACUCCCAGCCCAUUUCAGUGUCAACCCUUUCCUCUGUACUCUCCCUCUCUGGAGUUGGAGGUGAGAUCCUCUGCCUUCCAAAGGAUCGCUCUGCAGAAAUUUCAACCCAGUGCACCCAGCUCCUUCCCUUCUUUCUCAUUCUGGUUGGAAUCUCCCUAACAUUCCUGUAUUGCGGAUCCCUAGUGCCCUUGAUGGAAAGCAAGAGAACUCCUAGAAAAUGACUAACAAAAGCAAGAAUCUGCAGCUGUCAAAGGAGGGAGACCCAGAACGCGGCAGGACUAGGUUUGAAGGAACAAGGUGGGAGGGGCAUUGCAAGCUGCAGUGAAAAGUGGAGGAAAGGAGUAGCAGGAACCACCUGCCUUUCCACCGUCCUUCAGCAGUUUCCCCUGGUUCCGUGUUUAGCGCAGCCCCGGUGGGAAGCUGCCUUUGCAUAGAGGUCGCUGUCUUACGGAGACCCCAGAUGCAGAGGCCGAGUGGGAGGAGGAGACACUGACUGCCUGAGUGUACUCCAAAGAGAGGGCAAAGCAGAGCUAGAAAAAGUAGAGAUGCUGAGAGCUCAAGGGACAGGGCAGCAGCGUCAGCAUCACCGGAAGGGGAGGAGUGAAGGGAGAGGAAAGGAGCAGGGAGGAGGGGCCGAGAAGUGGAGAGUCACGAGGUCCCUGGGAGCCUCUCUCUCCCUCUCUCUCUCUCUCUCUCUGCAGCAGCAUCUGCACGGCGUCCUUAGUUCCCCUCCACCCUCAAGAGCCCCCACCCACCCCUCACCCACCAAUAUGCAAGCGUCAUCAGCUUCCUAGCCAUUCCUGCUGCCCUUGUCCUUGCUCUGAGGAGACUCAUUAGGAGAUUCCCAGCCCAAACUGUCCCUGAGACAGGUGAGAGAAGCUGGCGCCAUAUGGGGGCAGCCGGACUUCACCAGCAGGCGAGCUCUUCGGUGGGGCAGAGGUGGGAAUCUGGGGGCAGGGGGCUGUGGGCAGAGGUGAAUGUGAGAGAGAACCCGGCAGUUUGGAGAGUGAGGCUGGAGAAUCACACAAUCUUGAGCAUCCGGAGCCUCCAACCUUGCUCCCGGCACCGUGCACACACAAUUCUCUUAGCAUUGCAGCAACCUCCCCUCUCCAGUUUAUUAGACAGCAGAAAGGCUUCCCUGGGGCACAGCCCUCUCCCUCAUUUCUAAAAUCUUCCACCAGUAGCUUGUGAGAUUGGGACUUGUGGGGGUCAAGUGCUAGAGGUUCUCAUACUAGUUGCCCACACUGCAAUGCAGAAAAGGGCAGAAGCAGCAUUGCUGUUCAGAGAAAUCUACUCUGGGAAGCCCCCUGAGGCAGUGGGGAAUGGAUGACAUGUGUCUGGAUUGGGAGAUGCUGCUGCCUGAGUCCCACAGCCGCCAGAGCAGCCCAAUAGAAACAGAAUGUGAGUCACUUAUGUGAUUUCAAGUUUUCUAGUAUCACAUUAAAAAAGCAAAAGAGGGCUUCCCUGGUGGCGCAGUGGUUGAGAGUCCGCCUGCCGAUGCAGGGGACAUGGGUUCGUGCCCCGGUCCGGGAAGAUCCCACAUGCCACGGAGCGGCUAGGCCUGUGAGCCAUGGCCGCUGAGCCUGCGCGUCCGGAGCCUGUGCUCCGCAACGGGAGAGGCCACAACAGUGAGAGGCCCGCGUACCGCAAAAAAAAAGAAAAGAAAAAAGAAACAGAUACAAUUAAUUUUAAUACUCUAUUUUAUUGAACCCAGUGUACCCAAACUAUGAUUAUUUCA